UCUAAGGAUAUUGAAUGAAGCCUUUCACAAAUAUAACAGAAUAAAAACUGAAUUUAUGGUAGCUCUUUAAAUUAAGCUUCAGACUUAAGAAAAUGAAGAUGGGAGAACAUAUUCAGCUUCAACGGGUAAUAGGCUAUUUCCAUGGAACAAUUUUUUUAUUCAGUAUCAUAAUAGGUGCAGGAAUAUUUAUUGCUCCUAAAGGGGUGUUAAAAUACUCUUUGCUCAAUGUGGGGGUCUCCCUAAGUAUUUGGGCUGCUUGUGCCGUAGUGUCUGUGGUGGCUGCUCUUAGUCAUGCAGAGCUGGGGACCACCUUCCCUAGAAGUGGAGCACAGUAUUACUUCCUCAAGAGAUCUUUUGGACCCUUUAUUGCUUUCUUCUACCUCUGGAUCCAUCUAUUUAGUACCCCAGCAGGUAUCGCUGCACGUGUCUUGUUACUAGCAGGAUAUAUUACACAGCCUUUCUAUCCUGGAUGUUUCGUUCCUGAGGUGCCAAAGAAAUGUUUAGCACUGGCCAUUUUAUUGUGCUUGGGAAUUCUGAACGCUCGAGGAGUGAAAGAGGUAACUUGGUUUCAGACUGUCAGUACAGUGGUGAAAAUUACAGUUCUCUGCUUCAUAUCUCUAACUGGAAUUGUGUUGUUGGUGAGAGGAAAGAAAGAGAACCUAGCCAGGUUUGAGAAAGCUUUCGAUGCUGAAGUUCCAGAUGCCUCACAGAUUGCGGAAGCCUUCUUACAAGGAUUAUAUUCAUAUUCUGGCUGGGGAGUCCUUGUUCGAAUAGCAGGAGAACUGAAAAACCCUGGUGAGAAUAUCCCCAAAUGUGUGAUUACUGCACUUACCCUUGUGGCACUGAUUUACUUAUUAGUUAACAUUUCCUACCUAGCAGUCCUGACUCCAAAGGAAAUCAUGUCCUCAGAUGCUGUGGCUGUCACCUGGAUAGAUAGAAUAAUCCCUUCCAUGCAAUGGGCCAUUUCAAUUGGUGUUUCUUCCUCAAUAGUUAGCUCCCUUAAUUGCACCCUAUUUUCAGCAUCAAGGUUAUAUUUUGUGGCAAGCCAGGAGGGUCAGCUGCCUUUGAUCCUCUCAACUCUCAAUAUCCACUGCUGUCCAGUUGUAGCUGUGAUUCAGACACUCAUCUUUGCCUCCAUUUUAAUUAUUCCCUCAGACUUAAUCACUUUAAUAAACUAUGUGGGAUUCACAGACUGGAUUCUACUAGGGCUAAUGAUGACAGGCUUGAUUAAACUGAGAUUGCAGGAGCCCAACCUCUCCAGACCUUACAAGUUACUAUUAAAUGUUACACCUGCUGAUGACGUUGAAUAUAUUUCACCUGAAGGAGUUUUACAGAAAAUUCCACCUGAAACUGCAACCAAGAAAGAAUAAAUUAUGCACAUUUGGCAAAUGACUGAUUUAUUCAAAGCAUCUUUCCAUUACAACCAGAGUAAUAUCCUUAUGUGUAUGUAUACACACACUGCAUAUGUAAAACACAACCGGCACAAGAUAACUCAUGUCCAGAACUUUCAAACUUCAGCUCUCCUGGUUUGUAACUAAAGCCUUACUUCCCCAAUAAAGCUUGCUCUUCUUAAUCCCAUAA